UUUAUUAAUAUAUGUAACACAUACUCCAUGCGCAUCACCUUUACAAUUUUUUUUUCCCUAUUCAAUCAUGCAUUUCCCUUCUUAAGCAGCACAUCUUUUUUGUUCUAUGUCCCUUUGCUUAUCUGUACGCAUCUUUUCUUUGCUUCGAAUAUAAACUUCUUUUUCCUAAGAGAAAUGAUUGUGGAGUAAUAAUUAGUACUAGUACCUAUAUAUGUGGACUUCUUCCUAUGUUUGCUAGUUUUAGCUAGCUUCUCCAAUAGUGCAAUAAGUUAAGAAAAUGGGAAGGCAACCUUGUUGUGAUAGAGUUGGAUUGAAGAAAGGUCCAUGGACUAUAGAAGAAGACCAUAAGCUUGUCCAUUUUAUUUUCAAUAACGGCAUUCAGUGUUGGCGAAAUGUUCCCAAGCUUGCAGGCUUGCAAAGAUGCGGAAAAAGUUGUAGACUGAGAUGGAUUAAUUAUCUGAGACCUGAUUUGAAAAGAGGUGCGCUAUCUGAAGCAGAAGAGGAUCAGAUUAUAGAGCUUCAUGCUCGUCUUGGUAACAGGUGGUCUAAGAUAGCAUCGUAUUUUCCAGGGAGGACAGACAAUGAGAUCAAGAAUUAUUGGAACACUCGGAUUAAGAAGAGAUUACAGCUUAAGGGAAUAGACCCUUUAACUCACCAAGCAAUUGACAAGGAAAAAUACCAACAUGAACCAGAUGAUAAAACAGAGUUGUUGUCAAGAACAGAGACAUAUGAUAAAAGAAAUGAAACAGAGAACUUCAUUGAAAAUGCUAAUGAUAUUUCACUGCCAGACAAUGCAUACCACAAUAUGUUGAGUGAAAAUAUUAAUGUGGACUUAUGGAACAAAAGUUGUAAAACUAUAUCCACUUGUUAUAGCCCUUCAAUUUCUUUGGAAGCUGAAGAAUCUAUCAAUUUCUCAACAACAUCAACUGCAACUGAAUCAUCAAGUAAUGUAGCUGCACCCGCGGAAGAACAAGAGUCUAUACAACAAUGGAUGGAUUCGAUUUUCUCAAGUGCUGUAAAUCAACUAGAAGAGGACCUGUUCUUCUUGAGAAAGUACAAUUAAUAAUUGUGCAACUUUUCAUUGUUCCUCCUUGUUAUUUAUUUUCAUAUUUAUAGAAUUGUUCUCCAAAAAUGGAAAGGGAAAAAGAAGUACAGGGAGACGAGUUUCCUCUUCGCUACUUUGGCUGUAAUUUAUAUUUCUUUGUGCUAUAGCUUAG